CUCUAGCUAGCUAGACUCUAGAUCUAUAUCUAGAUCUAUACCACCUUGAAGUUCUGGUGACAUGUUGCAAGCAUUGUCUCUGAUGUUGGUGCUAACAGCCACAUUCUCUGGAGGUGAAGCCAGGGCCUACACCAACAGCUGGGCAGUGGCAGUGGAGGGAGGAGCAGAAGCUGCUGACCAGCUUGCUGCAAAAUAUGGUUUUACCAACUUAGGCUUGGUGAGCCCAGAUCUCCUCAAGGACAUGUACCACUUUGUGAUGCCUGAGCACACUUUACUUGGGAAGAGAAGCCUCAGUGGUCUGCCAGUCUACCAUCUCAGUCAGGCUCUGGAGAGUGAGAGUAAUGUUGGAUAUGUGAAGCAGCAAGAGCUGAAGAAGAUGGUUAAGAAGGGAUACUCUGUGCCCAGUGACCCAGAAUGGAACACUCAAUGGCAACUGUUGAACGAUGGCCAGCUGCCUGCAGCGUCUGGUGGCAGGGACUUGAAUGUGGAGAGGGCGUGGCUACAGGGGAUAACAGGGUGUGGCAGUGUGGUAGCCAUUGUGGAUGACGGUGUGGAUUACACUCACCCAGACUUAAGAGGAAACUAUAACUCCUUCUUUCAAGCCGAUGUAACUAAUACUAGUAGUGAUAACGAUCCUUUCCCGAUCAACGAUGGCAACGGGAUUCCAGAAUCUCACGGGACUAGCUGUGCGGGAGAGAUCGCCAUGGAAAAAAACAAUACAAUCUGCGGAGUGGGGGUGGCUUACAACAGUCAGAUCACAGGCAUACGGUUGCUAGAAUUAAAUGGACAGACUGACAUCACAGAGACUAAGGCACUUGGUCACAUGACAGACAAGAUUCAUAUAUCCAGCAACAGUUGGGGACCACCUGAUGACGGUAUAGCUGCUGUUCAACCUGGAGAACUGCUCUCUGAAGCACUCGAGACAGCAGCAAGAAGUGGUCGCCAGGGCAAGGGAACCAUUUUCGUGUUUGCUGCCGGCAAUGGUGGAGCGGUGGGAGACUCAUGUGCUGCUGAUGGCUAUUGCAGCAGUAUCUACACUAUCGGGAUAGGAGCUGCUAAUAGCAAUGGAGAACAAGCGCCAUACGAUGAGCAGUGUGCUUCGAAGAUGGCCGUGGCAUUUGUUGAUAGCACUAGUCAGGAGCAAUUUGUGACAACUACAAGUACUAGAGACGGUUGUAUCAACAACUUUGAUGGUACUAGUGCUGCAGCACCCCUGGCUUCGGGGAUCAUUGCACUCAUGUUGGAAGCAAAUAAUGACCUGACCUGGCGGGAUGUACAGUAUCUAAUUGCAUACACCUCCAAUCGUGACAUCCUAGUCAACGGGGACUGGUUUACAAAUGGUGCCACUCCAUCGCUGAGGGUCAGUCACAAGUUUGGAUUUGGUGCUCUAGACGCAGAGGCACUAGUUACUCGUGCCCGGAACUGGAUCAGCGUGCCCGAACAAUAGAUUCACACUAUUGUACCUUCAACUAGCACAGGAGUGGCCGAAGGACCAAAUGAUCGGUUGUUUAUUUACCCUACGUACACAUCGGACAUUCGUUAUCUUGAGCACGUUGUGGUGGAACUCACUCUCUCUUUCCGUGAUGCCACCCCGGAUAACAAUUACUUUUACGAAGAAGGA